AAGAGCCUCAAAGAUGUCGCAAAGGAGAACCCUACCCUGAUAGGUGAUCCCGUAUCCCUGAAAGCCGAAACAUCCAACACUGGGGAUUUGGAUGGUGAUGAUGCACAGCAAGGUGGAAAGAAGGGAAAGAAAUCUUUGAAAGAGUUGGCAAAGGGAAAUCCGAGUCAGUUGGGUGAUCCGGUGAGUUUGAAGGCUGAGACGUCGGAUACGGAGCCGACGGAUCAGGAUCGGGGAGCGUUGGGGGGUAGGAGGGGGUCGAAGUUGUAA